AACCUGUUUCAAACUAGAAGCUGUUUCCCUGUAUUACACUGAAAAGCUGCCAGCACUCUCGGAGCCAGAAGCUUUCAAUAGGUUUGCACCUCUCUAACUUCUCAUUCCUCCUCCGAGCCCAGCAGCCAAAUAACCUGGUGGCAGAUUUCGGGAAAGCUAGAGGAAAUUUAGCAGCAGCUACAGCAGAGGGUGUUGCUUGUGCUGCCUGCCGCUCCAAGCGCGGAGCCCUCAGCCUGCUUGUGUGAUGCAAGCCCUCCUCCCCCUGCUGCUCAGGAGCAUUUGCCUGAAGCUGGGAACUGCAAACAGCUGAGCUCAGAAGUUUGGGCAUGGCUCUGAGAAGACCGAGAAGCCGGAGGUCAGAAGCUCCUGCAAGCCUGGGAGCCGACAAGUGUUCUCAGAGCCUUCUGCUUCCCAAACCCUUCGUCUCUGCUAAGGACAGAGCAGACACGGCUCAAAGACACUCACACCUGGAAGGAUUUCUGUUUGGAUUCUACUGCUGCAAACAGAGCCCAGCAGAGCUACUCACAUCCACGGAGGAAGAGAGGAAAAUUCUUUGAAGCAGCAAGAUACUUUCUGAAGUGGGGAGUGGAAGGAGGCAGUUUUUCCCCUCCUUCCCCCCUUUUGGGAGAAAGGAGUUACCCAACCUAGUCAUGAGACUUUUCCACGCUUCCCAAAGCAGGCUUCUGAAGUUAUGACACUGCACCGCUGAGUCUGGGGUAGCGUAGCCCCGGGCAGCCCCCAGCAGCACAUCCUGAGUGCAGGCAAUCUGGUAGGCACGGAAAAUGGAGAAUGAGGUUGGCAAAUCUGUGGACAAUCAAAUGGACAAAUACAUAGUUACAAUAAUGGGGAAAUCAGAAAGUCAGAUGGAUAUUGUGGAAAAAUCAACAAAACCUGGAAAGAAAUCCUGGCGCUUUGUGGCAAUUGGUCUGGCUGUCUUGCUGCUCCUCAUGACUUGUUCUGUGGUCACCCUGGUAAUCCUGUAUGCCAGCAGCAGAGGCACUCACUAUGGCACCAAUUCAGGCAACAUAUGUACCACACCUGGAUGUGUUACAGCAGCUGCUAGAAUACUUCAGAAUAUGGACACCACAGCUGACCCUUGCAAGGAUUUCUAUCAGUAUGCUUGUGGGGGCUGGCUGAACCGGCACGUUAUCCCAGAAACUAGCUCCAGAUACAGCAUUUUUGACAUCUUGAGAGACGAGCUGGAGAUCAUCUUAAAAGGUGUGUUGGAGACUUCAGAUCAAGGGGACAGAGAAGCAUUUCAGAAAGCUAAGAUACUUUACAAGUCAUGCAUGAAUGAGAGUCUUAUAGAGCAGCGAGAUUCAUUGCCUCUGCUAGAGGUCUUAACAAUGGUUGGAGAUUGGCCAGUGGCUUCUGCAGACUGGAACGACACCAAAGAACCGGGCUGGAGCAUGGAAGAGAAACUCUCCAUAAUGAACUCCAGAUUUAACAAACGUGUCCUCAUUGACAUGUUUGUAUGGAAUGAUGACCGGGAUUCCAGCAGACACAUUAUUUAUAUUGACCAACCUAGUUUAGGAAUGCCAUCAAGAGAUUACUACUUUAAUGGAGGCAACUAUCAAAAGGUCAGAGAAGCUUACCUGCAGUUCAUGAUCACUAUUGCUAAAAUGAUCCGAGAAGACAAGAACGUAUCUAAAGAUGAUUUGUUUGUCCAGGAGGAAAUGGCAAAGGUUAUGGAGCUUGAAACAGAGAUUGCAAACGCAACUACCCCAGCAGAAGAAAGGCACGAUGUAACCUUGUUAUACAACAAAAUGACAUUAAAAGAACUACAGGAUAAGUUUGCAUUGAACGAAUUUAACUGGACCUUCUUCAUCCAAGGUGUCAUGUCUUCAGUAAGUGUUCAGGUUGACCCCGAAGAAGAGGUGGUUGUAUAUGGCGUGCCCUACCUACAAGAGCUGAAGGCAAUUAUCUCAAAGUACUCAGCAAGCACCAUCCAGAACUACCUCAUUUGGCGACUCAUAAUCGAUCGAGUCAGCAGCUUGAGUCGGCGUUUCAAGGACGCACGGGCAAACUACAGGAAGGCACUUUAUGGGACAACACUGGAAGAAGCCCGCUGGAGGGAAUGUGUGAGUUAUGUCAACAACAACAUGGAGAAUGCAGUGGGAGCAAUGUAUGUCAGGGAGACAUUUGCUGGUGAGAGCAAGAGGAUGGUCCGAGAUUUAAUAGAUAAGAUUCGUGAAGUGUUCAUUGAGACAUUAGAUGAGUUACAGUGGAUGGAUGAGGCAUCUAAAGAGAAAGCUCGUGAGAAGGCAAUGGCAAUUAAAGAACAGAUUGGCUACCCGGAUUAUAUUUUGGAAGAUCACAAUGAAAAACUAGAUCAGGAAUAUGCCAAUCUAAACUUCAGUGAGCACAGUUACUUUGAAAACAUCCUAGAAAAUCUGAGAGCUGGAGCCCAAAAGAGCUUGAGAAAACUUCGAGAGAGAGUUGACCAAGAUAUAUGGAUAAUCGGGGCUGCAGUGGUCAAUGCUUUCUAUUCCCCGAAUCGGAACCAGAUAGUUUUUCCUGCUGGGAUUCUACAGCCUCCAUUCUUCAGCAAACACCAACCACAAGCCCUGAACUUCGGAGGAAUCGGGAUGGUUAUUGGGCAUGAGAUUACUCAUGGCUUUGAUGACAAUGGUAGGAAUUUUGAUAAAGAUGGAAAUAUGUUUGACUGGUGGAGCAAUUUCUCAGCCAUGCAUUUCAAGGAGCAGUCUCGCUGUAUGGUUUAUCAGUAUGGGAACUACACGUGGGAGCUGGCUGGAGGACAAAAUGUCAGUGGAAUAAGCACGUUAGGAGAAAACAUUGCAGAUAAUGGAGGAGUCCGACAGGCUUAUAAGGCUUAUUUAAAAUGGCUGGAACGGGAAGGGAAGGAACCGAAAUUGCCUGGACUGAAUCUGUCCCACAAACAGCUUUUCUUCCUCAACUUUGCCCAGGUUUGGUGUGGUUCCUACAGACCAGAAUAUGCCAGCCAGUCAAUAAAGACAGAUGUUCACAGCCCUCUGAAAUACAGGGUGAUGGGAUCUCUGCAGAACUUUGAAGCCUUCUCAGAGGUGUUCCACUGUAAAAAAGGCACAUCCAUGCAUCCUGCAGAGAAAUGCAGAGUUUGGUAACCAAAGGAAUACUGGCAAGAAUGACAGAUACUCUGGUGACACAGUGAACAGUUUUUGCCAAUGACGUGCCUGAUGUUUUCCUGUUCAGUCACAGCCAAGGCCAAUGGUGCAGCUACUGUAGUUUGAAUCAAGGAAACUACAGCACUCAAGCUCUCACGGUUCCACUGGGAAGUGUGCAAGAAUCUCAGUGACUGAGGGGCUGUGCUGAAAGCCACAGUAUGCUCCAGAACAGCCAUGACUGUUUGAAAUGACAUCCUGACUGUUACUAAGAUACCACAUCAGGGUUACAAAGACUAAUUCUUAAAAAUAAAAGACAAACCAACAAGCAACUACAGAUCUAUUUUUCAGAAAGGAACAAUACUUUUAAUAUGUCCUACAACUGCGCCUUCUGAGAUUCAGCAAACCCGUUUGAGGUGUUUCACUGAACUGUUUUCUAGUAUUCCAAUUCAGUUUCUGGUGCAUUCUUCUCAAGUUCAGGUUAGAGCUAGUUGAAAUUCUCAUGUUAUCUGUCUACUUGCACUUUGAUUACUGCUUUGAUGUAAGAGAUUGCUAUUUGUCUUGAUAUGUUACAAAAUGAGCUGUAUGUUAAAACGCCUGUCAGCUGCUGACUUAAUGCAGAACUGCACUCUCCUAUUUGAGUUCUUCUGCUCCAAAGAGCAACUGUAUCAUGACCUUAAAGUGAGGUAUUACUAGAUAGAAAGAUCAACUUUUAGGAGUCAAAAUUCUAUUGUUAUGGAUAAAACUACAGGGUCUCUUCCUUCAAAGAUAUAUUUUAAAAGAUGCUUAUUCUUGUAGAAGUGUAUAAAACUAUUUUGGGCAAAUAAUUGAAUGGAAACAAUUAAGUAGUUCCUAGUCCCAAACCUGUUCAUUUUGCCAUAGUCUAUUUUUCAGUAUUUACACUUGAAAAUGUGACAUGUUAAAUUUUAAUUAAAACAAAAUCACAGUAGCCAAUUCAGCAAGGAUUUUGCUAUAGAAACAUUAGGGUGGCUUUCUUAAGUAACUUUUCUAAUAUGAUGAUACUAUUUUAAACUGCCAACACUUAAUAGUGCAUUUUAAAUACUCUUCCAGCAAAUGCUUUUCUUUCUAGCACAGAAAUCGCUGGAAAGCAAGAUAGUAACUGCCAGUACUUAGCUAAUGAAGUGCCAAAUCACACUGCUCAUUCACUUCACUUAUUUUGUUUGCACACCACUAACAAGAGGUUUGAUCACCUAAACAACAGGGAAGGAAGUGAAAAUCACUUAAGAGAAAAAGCUUUGCCCAACAGAGAUGACCCAUUGAAGUAUUCUGGCCUAUUUGACAAUAAGAGCUGGCUAGAUCACUGAAUGAAGCCCUCUAAAAUUUUUUUGUGAAUGUUUUAUCUGCUACAGUGAAAUCAAGUUGUAGAUAAAUUGCAGCUUUUACUGUAGCUGGGAAUAUAUAGUUCAAUGGCAUCUUACUUCUAUCUUCAAAGUAAUCUUAGAAGAUUACUUUGUCAGAGAAUCAGUGCUACCUCAGGGAUUAACCACUCAUCUGUGCCCUUCAAAGUGUGAGAGUUCAGUAUAGAAGAGAGAAUAAGUACUUACAUAGGGUUGAGUUGUAGGUUUAUUCCUUUAAUCUCUCUUCAAAAGACUAAGAACAGACUGUUCAGCACCCACCACUAAAGUUGCCUACUGCAAACAAGUAUUACACAAAGCACAGAAUUUGGCUUUCACCUCAGCUAAUAGAGGAAAAUUGUUUCACAUCUAAUUCGUUUCUGUGCUGCACCUCAGAUGACUACAUACACAGGCCUCUUCAAGGAAACGCAGCCUAAAUUGCAUUUGGUUUUAUGUUAAAGCUGUGUCUAUUAACUGGGGAGAAUUGCACUUGGGCCCUUUCCAAAACAAACA